AUGAAGGCCUGUGUUCCCCUGAUAGUGGCCGUGCUCUGCGGCCUGGCCUGGGCUGGCCAAAUGGAGUCGUGUGCAUCUCGCUGUAAUGAGAAAUCUGACCAGGAUGCUGCUUGCCAGUGUGACCGCCGGUGUCCCCGGCACGGGGACUACUGUGAAGACUAUGAGCGCCUGUGUACAGCUGACGAGGACCCCAAAGAGUCAGAGCCAUUCCUGGAGCUGGAAGAAGAGAUGGAGGGGGCCCCGGCUAGUGACUUGUACUUGGCACCCAACUCCUGCCACGGCCGCUGCCUAGAGAGGCACCGCCUAUGCCACUGCAACGCCCGCUGCCCAGAGUUUGGAAACUGCUGCGAGGAUUUCGAGAGCCUGUGUGGCCAUGAGGGCUUCUCCCACAUCAGCGAUGCCAUAACCAAGGAGGAACCGCAGAGCAUCUCUGAGAAGAUCUAUAGGGAAGACACCAACAAAGCCCAGAAGGAAGAUAUUGCUCUCAAUAGCCAAAACUGCAUCUCGCCCUCGGAGACCAGAGACCAAGUCGACCGCUGCCCAGAGCCUCUCUUUACGUAUGUCAAUGAGAAGCUCUUCUCCAAGCCGACCUACGCCGCCUUCAUCAACCUCCUCGACAACUACCAGCGGGCCACGGGCCACGGGGAGCGGCACUUCACAGCCCAGCAGCUGGCUGAGCAGGACGUCUUCCUCAGAGAGGUUAUGAAGACAGCCGUCAUGAAGGAACUCUAUGGCUUCCUCCACCAGCAGAACCGCUACAGCACAGAACAGGAGUUCGUCAAUGACUUGAAAAACACGUGGUUUGGGCUGUAUUCAAGAGGCAAAGAAGAGGGGCACUCAGGUGGCUUUGAACAUGUCUUCUCAGGGAAAGUCAAAAAAGGCAAGGUCACUGGCUUCCAUAACUGGAUUCACUUCUACAUGCAGGAGAAGGAGGGCCUGGUGGACUAUUACAGUCACAUCUGUGACUGGCCUGGGGAUUCUUACCCCGAUGUGUUGGCCUUGCAGUUCACCUGGAACGGCUACUACAAGGAAAUGAGUUCAACUUUCAUCGGCAGCUGCCCCGAGUUUGAGUUUGCACUUUACUCCCUGUGCUUCAUCGCCAGGCCAGGCAAAGUGUGCCAGUUAAGCCUGGGUGGACAUCCCUUGGCCAUCCAGACCCAUACCUGGGACAAGUCAACCUACGGAAAGAAGUACAUCAACACAGCCUGCGUGGUGUCUUCUACCCAAUAG